UACGGAGCCGUCACGUGCGCUACGAUACCCUCGCGAUCGGUUCUCGGAGGAACAGGAAGAUCAUUCUCUAGGGUUUUCAGUCCCCUCCCGAUCCGCAUCGACGAAGCAAUUCCUACGUCGGAGAGCUUCGAUUCGAUCCUCUGUCUCCGAUCCUGUUUGGGUAUACAUUCUCACGGGUUCAUGCGCAGCAGAUGACACCCGGCAGUGGUUCGUUACCGGAGCCCGAGACGGAGGCCGGGGCAGCCGCUCGAGGCAAUGUUCCGGUGAAGCUGGAGAGCUUCGAGGAGGAUUCGUUGGAGGAAGAGCAUGGUCCGCUCAGCAAGCGAGCUAGGGCCUGUAUUGCUCGCGAACAGCAAUGGGGUGCUGGUGCAAAUGCAUUUCCGAUCUCGCCAUCUGAGUACAACCCACUUGAUGAACCAAGCCCUUUGGGAUUGCGGUUAAAGAAAAGUCCCUCAUUACUGGAUUUGAUUCAAAUGAGGCUUUCCCAAGGAAGUCCUGCUCUAGAAGUGGUUAAGUGUGAAGAUCAUGGCAAGGGAGUCGAGAAAGACUGUCAAAGUUCUGCUGUUUCUGCUGUUGCGGCUGACAAGAUGAAGGCUUCCAAUUUUUCAGGUUCAGUUCUGAAAAUUGGGCAGUGGGAGUAUACGUCAAGAUAUGAAGGUGAUUUAGUUGCUAAAUGUUAUUUUGCCAAGCGCAAGCUUGUAUGGGAGAUUCUUGAAGGUGGUCUCAAGAGUAAAAUAGAAAUUCAGUGGUCAGAUAUUAUGGCCCUCAGGGCAGAAUUUCCUGAUAAUGGACCUGGGCAGCUAAAUGUUGUGCUGGGCAAGCAGCCCCUUUUCUUCAGGGAAACUAAUCCACAGCCGAGGAAGCAUACCUUGUGGCAGGCCACUUCAGAUUUCACGGAUGGUCAAGCAAGCACUCACAGGCAGCAUCUUUUGGAGUGCCCGCCUGAUUUGUUGGAAAAAAACUUUGAUAAGCUCAUCCAGUAUGAUGCACGCCUCAAUCAUUUGAGUCAGCGAGGGGUUACUGUGUUAGAUGCACCACUCUUUGAGGCAAAAGCUCCAGUUUCAGGUGAUCUGGAGCCACCCAAAAGCUUCUCAAAGGCAGGUAACGGCAAAGACUCUGCCAUAUCUAGCAUCAAAGAAUCAAAUUCAGUUCGGCCGUCCUCCUUGAGGGUUGAAUUAUUGGAUCCUACUGGUGCAGCUCCGGAAUGCCGGUUUAGAGACUGCUUGUCUCCCAGUUCAGAUGUUCAAGUCACUGAAGAGAACAGAGGUUCUGAAGCUAUUGAUACGGCGAAUACCACCGCUCAAGAACACAUAACACUGCCUGGGCUUCGUAAAUCAAUGUCAGUGAGUGAUUUUGUGAACCACAUAGGUCAGCGUAUAGCAGAGAAUAUGGACUCUGGUAAUAUGGCUCCUGUUGACGGGCUGCGAGGUCGAGAAAUGUUCGAAGACAUAGCACAAUACCUUCUCAGCGACACUCAAUUGACAACUGUGUCUGAUGAGAAAUCCCUUAUGUCGAGGGUCAACUCUCUCUGCUGCCUUCUGCAAAUCGAGCCACCGCUCUCAAUUCAAAGUCAGCAAACCAGUGAUGGAACUGAAAGUUUUGAAGGAGCAGGAGAGCGAGAAACUGAUGGGGGUGGAAAGGUGACUGGACUUACUGACGCUACUGAUUCGUCGGUGGACAGUGGGAGUACUGUAACAGAAGUCAAGGGUCCCAAAGGUGAUCCAAAUGAUGUCUCUUCGAGCUGCAAGCAACAAGUGGGUAUGUCGAGGAAAGAUUCGUUCGGGGAUCUGCUGCUUCAUCUACCUCGAGUCGCCUCUCUCCCGAAAUUCUUGUUUGAUAUCUCAGAAGACGACCCAUAAAAUCCUCAGCAGAAAGUUCAUCGAACAUAUUAGAACUGUAGGUGGUUAAGUGCUCGAGCUAUGUUAAUAAGUUCGUUUUCGCUUCCCAGGAGGUUGCUGUAAUUUAGCUUUCUUGUAUAUAUAUAUUAGAAGUCUCGGGACACUAAUGGAUCCAGAAGCUGCAGUUACUGUAAUUUAACUUCACAAUUACUCGUGC